AUGGCGGAGUUCAACAUGAGCGCGUGCGUGGCGGCGUGCGCGUCGCUACAGCCGUGCCUCGACACCUGCUACGUCUACAACGGCUGGCUCGCACCGCCCUCGCUGUCGCAAACCAUCGCAUUCUCCGUCGCAGGCGGGGCGGGUGUGGGGGUGGCGGCGCUGGUGGCGUGUGUCAUGGCCAGCACGCUCGCGCUCGACCUGCCCUCGCUGCAGGUAAGCCUUGCUGCAGGUGCGCCAUUCCCACUCCAUUUCUGCCCUGCUGCCGGCGCACCUCCGUGCCUCUUCCUGCCUGCUCCCUUUCCAACACAUUCUCCUCUCCGCGCCUCUCUCUGCGCCCCUCUCUCCGCGCCCCCCCACGUGCAGGCGCUGGCAGCGAGCGCGGACAAGGCUGAGCGCAGAAAGGUGCGCCCCAUCCGCCCUCGCUGCUCCUUCCGCUUCCUUGUGCCGCCCAUCACAUCCCUCAUCGUCCCCCAUUGGCCUCUCUUGCUUGCUUUGCUGCUCGGCAUGCAUGUCCCCGUGUCCUACCCUGUCACUCCUCUCUCUCACCACCUGUCUACUGCCCUCGCGCCUCUCACUCCUCGCCCCGCGGGGCCCAUGGACGGGUGGAUGGCAGGCGAGGGCGGUGCUGCGGGCGCUGCGAUGAGCGCGCCCCUCCCUGGAGCUGCUGGGAAUGCCGCCCUGGGCUGCAUGGCUUCUCACACCCACCGUACUGCACGUGGGCGCAUCCCUCCCAUCACAGCAUGCCUCUCACUCCUUUGCUCCCUACCAUUCUUCCCCACGGGCCUGUGUGGGCAUGGCAUGGCGGGGCGUGCAGAGGUGUUGGGCGUGUGGUGGGGGUGGCUGUGCGCCUUCUCGCUGCUCUUCCUCGCCGUUGAGCUCCUGCCGCCCGCCCUCUGCACCAACCGGAGUCUGCAGGUGGCGGGGGCGACGGCGUGGGUGGGGGGCGUGGCGGUGGUGGCGCUGUUCCCCCUGGCGUGGCCCGUGGGGCUGCUGCUCGACUGCCUCGUCUCGCGCUCCGCCCUCUCCCCCGCUCACGAUGACGGCCCCGUGAAGUGCCGCUUGGCGCCCGACCCUCUGCAACAGGGGGAGCAGGAGCAGGAGCAGGAGGGUGAGGGUGAUGCAUGCAAGCCGUUCGCUGCACGUGCUGGCAAAGGGGGUUGCGAGGAGGAGUGGAGUGAUGAGGAGGAGUGGGGCGGGGGGAAGGAAUGGAAAACAAGAGAGGAGGAAGGGGAGGUAGGAGGGGGAGGGUGGGAGGAGGAAGAGAGGGAUGGAGGCGGCGACAAGGAGGCGUGCAGGCGUGGGGCGCGGGGACCCGAGGGGGGUGGGCAGCAAGGGGAGGGCGGGGUAUCAUUGUACGGUGGGAGCGUGAUGGAGAGUGGGGGGGGCGAGGGGAGCAGCGAGGGUGCAGCGGUGCAGAUGGCGGUGCUGCCCUCGUCCUCGCAUGCUGCAAUGCCGCCACCACCUCCCCUCUCUCACGCCCAUGCCACCCAGCACGCUGCCUCCUCCCACCCCACCCUUGCCUCCAACCCCCUCCCCCCCACAUGCCACACCCCCCCUGCUGGCUCUCCCCAUGCGCCGCAGUCGCCCCUAGCGCCUCCCCCGUGGUUCCUGCAAUCGUGGGAGCAUGCGGCCGUAUGGGCACGCCUUGCCGCCGUGCCUCCCACGCCUGCCGCCCCCACCUCACACCCACACCCCGCUGAUGCUGCCCGUGCGCUUGACCCACCUGACUCGAGCGUGCGGGCAGGGAGUGGGGGGGGGAGAGCGCACGUUGCAGCAGUCAGAGAUUACCACGCCACCCCGUCUGCCGCCCCUUCCACCGCCCCCCCAGCUGCCACCCUGCCAGGUGGCGUGCCGCCUCUCCCCCUGUCCUCCUCCACUCCCCUGUGGCGCCACCGACCCCCCCUGCCUGCUGCUGCUGCCUCUUCUUCCGGGCAACCCAUGCCCCCCACUGACUCUAGUGCAUCGGCUGAUGCCCUCCGCCCCCCUCACUGA